CUUGUCACUGUCAUAACAAAAAACCAAGUCAUAUCAAUUUUUUGUCCAAUUCACAAAAUUUAAUUUAAAUUAAAUUUUGCUUUCCAUUUCCACUAAAAACAAAUAAAAAACUAUCUAAAUUCGUUCGCUAUGCCAAAGAAAAUGGGUCUAAACUCCAAAGCCGUCGAAGCACGCGAACGUAAACAAGCCAUCAAAAAAGAAGCCAUGACCAAAGCCGAAAAAGAAGCUGAAGAUCGUCUAUGGCAAGAUGACGAUAAGACUUUAGCCAAAAAGAAGCAACGCAAAGAAGAGGAAGAUCGCAAACGUGCUGAAGCCGCGAAGCGAAAGGCCGAAGCCAAGGCUUUGUUAGACGAAGAAAUGUCUUCCAUCCGAACGCAAGGCAAACAAUCAAUGAGCAAAGUCAAUCGAUUGCAAAUCCAAGAGGAAAUCGAAAAACGAAACAAAAAUGUCGAACUUAUCAAUGCUCCCAAAAUACCUGCGAAAGUUGUUGUCCCCGAACCGAUUCUGGAGGAGAAUCUUAACAGAGCAAUGGCGGACACUGUUGUGGCGACGAAUGUUGAUCAAGCUUUGGCUGCUUUGAGAAUCGAAGGUGAAGAAAAACAUCCAGAGAAACGUAUGCGAGCUGCCUAUAAAGCUUUUGAAGCUGUUAACCUGCCAAUUAUUAAAGCUGAGAAUCCUUCACUGCGUUUGUCUCAAUGGAAGCAAAUGUUGAUGAAAGAAUGGAAUAAAUCGCCAGAUAAUCCAUUUAAUCAACGAGACUAAAAACAAUGACAAAUAAAUGAAUGAUAGAAAUAUCUUUGUGAGGAUUUCUAAGAAGAUUUUUUGGUGGAUAUCCCGAUUUGGCUUCAAUUUUUAUU